GACGUCGUUCGACGCGAUUCGAUCGCGCCGCGAACGCGAGAUCGACGACACCGACACCUUUCGCGUCGUUGAACGCGCGCCUUGGCUCGAUUCGCGCGUCGCGCGCGACAUGAAUGCCGACGAAAUGAUCGCCGACGGCGACGCGAACGGCGUCGACGUUCGCGCGCUCGACGAGGCGAUGGCGAUGGACGACGAUCACGCGAGCGCGCGAAAGAGCGCGUCGUCCGCGCCCGCGAACGCGAACCCGCCGCUGCCGCCGAACGCGCGACCGCGGCACGAAGGGCGAGGCGGGGCGAACGGACACGGCGGCGAACGACGACGAGGCGGCGGCGAACGAGGCGGAGGACGAGGCGGUGGACGUUUUCAACAGCGAGAGCGCGCGCCGACGCGACCGGGGUGGUUCGCGACCGGGGAGGUGGACGAGCACAGCGGAAGGCCCGCGCACAGCGGACAGUGCGAGGGGUGCAGGGUGAGCACGGUUGUGAAUUUCAGACCCGUGGUUGGCGGCAAUCCACCGUUGUGCGGAGUGUGUUUGGAUUCGUUGAAAGCCGCCACCGCGGGAGGAUCGGUGGACGGCGACAACGCGUCGGGCGGACCGAAUCGUGGGCGACGAGGCGGGCGCAAUGGGGCGAUGAUGAUGAUGGGGAUGCCGCACCAAGGCGGGUUUCAGGGCGGCGCGAGGUUUUCGCCGUACGCCUCGGGCGGGCAGAUGGUGAUGAUCGAUCCACGGAUGAUGGCGGCGUACGGUGGAGGUCGUGGAGGCGGUAUGAUGGCGGCGUACGGCGCCGCCGGCGCGGGCGGCGGCGGUGGGCGCGGUAAGAACAGGACGUGGACGAGAGAAGGCGGAGACGCCGGCGCGGGGGUCGGCGGACAAGAAGACGUGGACACGUCGGGCAUUCCGUGCAUAUUCUUCCAGCGCGGCGCGUGUCGCGCGGGGGAUUCGUGUAAGUAUUCCCAUAGCGGUGAAGGCUCGGGCGCCGCGCCGGCGGAGAUGAACGUUGAAAUGUGAGCGAAGGCGCCAAGUUUUGUAAAUAUACGUA